GUGGAGACAGGCGUCUGCAUGUCUGCGACGUGGACAUGCGGCAUAAAAACCUGGACACCUUGGAGCGACUCUCACUUUCAGACGGACCGUGAGUGGAGAACAGAAGACAGGAGGCUACGAGAUCGCCAUCAUGGUCCCACUCCGGCUGGUUGCCUUUGGCCUUCUGGCUGCAUCCUGGUAUUUCACCCGCGCUGUUGAAGGAGAGGUCCUGUACGCCUGCCACAACGAAACAGCUACGAUGUCCUGCGAGGUCGGGAGUAAGAUAAAUCUCGACUACAUCCUGUACAAGGUCGGCGUGGGGACUCGAUGCGGUGAAGGAAAACGCUACCCUGACGAUGGGCCCGACAACUUCUGCACCUUCCCCUGGUCUGAGAUGGUGGUGGAGGACCUCUGUGGCAACAAGCGUUCGUGUGAGGUCCCUGUGACUGAACGGGUGUUCGGAGAGUACGACUGUAAGGAGCAGACCAGGUACCUGGAGGUGUCCUACAGCUGCGUCAAACCAGCUCCUCCACCUCCUCCUCCUGCUACACCUAAACCUGACUGUGAAGACAAACCUGCUGCUGAGGUCUAGUGGCUCUGACCAGCGCUGUCGCCCGACACCACCGAGGACGGAGCAGUUCGAGGUCCGCACUGACUCAAUAACAAUGACGUCACUGUCCUGUUGGGACCUGUGUGUCCCAGUCAUUUGAAACAGCCUGUGAACCAAUAAAACGUCAGUGAUUCUGUGG